UGGAAACUUCCUAAAUCAAAAUGGCGGACAGUAAAGAUUCAUUACAUCUUAUUGCAUCGUCUAGGAAAAUGCCAUAAUUUAAGGGAGCUGAUUUUUUAUGUUGCUUAAAAUAAGCCGCAAUCUGUGCUCGCUAUCGUCAAGAAUGUCACGGAUCUUCGCAAUUUCGGACAUUCAUGUCGACAUACCGGAAAACCUUCAUUUUGUUGAGAGUUGGUCCGCAAGUGAUUACCAUCAAGAUGUACUUAUUGUGGCUGGCGAUGUUACCGACAACAUGACACUGUUAAAAAGUGUUCUUCAGUCUCUCACAGAGAAGUUCUCCAAGGUGUGCUUCGUACCAGGUACAUAGAUCAGGACAGAGCUAUUUUGAAAUAUAUAGGUUAUUUUCAAGAGGAGCUUCCGCUUCCUAGAAAGGCCAAGGGACCGGGAUCAGAUGCUCGUUUUCUCGCUUUACUGAGUUGUAGCAAAUUUAUAUGUGCUAUUCUAGAGAUGAUUAGAGAAAAAUUACUGUCAUUAGAUUCACAACAUCGUUAGAAAGUCUUGAAAGUCUAAGAGGUUCUGCAUGAUGUAUCUAAGUGUCAAGAUCUGAGUCUUAUGGACUGUGUGAUCAAAAGAGAUUACCAUCAGUAGUGCGAAAUCACACAUUUGCAUAAUUUUAGGACUGGAGCAUUUGUCCCUUAGAUACAGAGAUGCUAACCUCUGGAGAUAUAAAAACUGGAAUCUCCAUUUUGCACUACCCCGUCCAUAAUUUUUUCCUUCCUUGUAUCGUUGUACUCAGUUAUCAUAAAACUCCUACUAAUGGGCCUUACAUCUCAAACUGCAUCCCAGCCUCCAAAAAACGUCCCCAAAGUGACCAUUGAAAUGGAAUGAUGUACAAACUGAUUUACUCACUUUGUUUUGUUACCUUUUUGUUCUAAACAUUUUGUUGUGUGUUGGUGUAUGAUUUUGAUUGCAUUAUAUAUUAACAGACUAUCUAAACCAUUUUAAAAAUUAAAAAAAAAAUAAUUGUUCUUACCUUCCCCCCUCCCCAUAAUGGCCGCUUGUCUACAGUGGCCAUUUGUCUCUUUCCCAAAGAUGAUUGUUGUAGAGAACUUCAGGUGUAUAAUAUAUAGAUUUAGCCAGAGCUAAAAGUUUGUGCAUUUUAAAUUUGUUUCAGACAAUGGAUUUUAAACCAUUACAAAGAAAUCCACAAAUCUAUAGUUAUCUUUAGGGGAGAACCAUAUGACUGAACAACAUAAACUAGAGCCAGUGAUCAGCUAAAAGCUAACAACUGGUCAACUGGUUGAGCCGUCAUUUUGAACAAUUUUUUUUGGUCAAACCGUCUCUAUAAGAGUAAAGAAACUUAGCAAUACAAAUUUGGUAGGGUUUUGGCAUAUUAGGGAAAGUUCAUUUAAUAUGACAGGGGGGGGAUGAAGAUAUUGAGGGGGGGCUCCGAAAAUUUUUAGACACCCGAAGGGGGGGCUCUGAAAAAAUUGUUGCGUUAGGAGGGGGGCUCCGGAAAUUUGUAUACUUCAAAACCAACACAUGACAUCAUCAUACAGAUCGGAUGGUUUUCAACUCAACAAUUUAAUAACCUGUGCAACUCAGCUAUAUCACAUGGUUUACAGAUAUAACAAAUGUAGUCUCAGUAAUUAUUACACUCUUGUUCAUCCCAAAAAUGCUUUAGAAAAUUGUAUCACAACUGUAUCUCAAGUUUGUCAUAGUAUAAACCAUUGAAGACAAUAACGGUAAAUAUAUUUAAUACAGUCUAGCGAUCUUUUUUCAGGGGAGCAAAGGAAUUGAAGGAGGAGGGGAGGUGGGGGGGGGCUCUGAAAUUUUUUCGACUACUAAGGAGGGGGAUCCUAAAAAAUUGAACUGCUAGCGAGGGGGGCUGCUAAAAUUUCAAGCUUCGAGUUUCAAUAUCUUCAUCCCCCCCCCCCCUUGUCAUAUUAAAUGAACUUUCCCUUAAUAAAAUAAAACAAAAGGUUAUUUUUUUGUUGACAAGUGAGUGUCCUCAUUAUUCACUGGCAUUGUUUUCAAUUUUCAUUUGCAUGUGCACAACUUUAGCAAAAGACUAAUUUGCAUUCACGAGGAACCUCAAUUACUUUCCGGUAAUGUUGAGGGGUCUCCAUAACAAUGAAAACAAGGUGAAUGACAACAUCUAUUGCAGAAAGGAAACAUAAAAGCAUAUAAACUAUUGCAUAGUGACUUAUUUCUUCAUCCCUCAUGAUGAAGAAGUGAAGUUAUAGCCAUUGUCUUCACCAUUUCUGCUACAUCAGCAUAUUUCGGAGAUUUCUUCGGUAAGUAAUCGAGGGUCUUUUUAAAUGCAAAUUAAAGUUAGACUUUCAAAAAAGUCGUUCAUCGGAUUUAAUAUGGCGGGGGAUGACCUCCCGCGACUUUGUCGCUCCGUCGGCCGCUUGGCGGCCUAAAAAGGCUCGCUCCGCUCGCCAAGAGGUUUACUUGCAGCAAGUCUAAUUAAAGUUUGCAUCUGCUUAUGAAACUUGAAAACAAUGCCAGUGAAUAAUGAGGACACUCACUUGUAAACACAAAAUCUGGGGGAAAAAUUUGUGGCAUUUGAAGCCCCAUUUACUGUAAAUGCUCAAAUUAGCGCCCAGCUUCAAAUAAGCGCCCCGCUUCGAAUUAGCGCCCCUCCUAAGGCUCAAAAUUUGUACUAAGUCCCCCCCUUCAAAUAAGCGCCCCCCCUCGCCCCCCCUCCCCGAGAAAAAAUGAGUUUCGGUACUUGGUGCGAUAUACGAGACAUAUACGGUCUAUACGUUUCUUUUAAUGAAAUGUGACAUCGUUAAGUAGUAUAAACAGUAAUUUCCUUUCAAAGUCGGACUGGUUUGCUUCUCAUUUCCUUGAUAGAAAUAUCCAUGUGAGCAACUUAGCUGCUUCACUUUAUUAAGUUCCUCGUAACACUUUGCUCCCAAUCGCUGGCUCCUUGUUACUGCCUUAAAAGUUCCUGGAAUUACGAGACCAUUUUCAAGUUUCCUGCUUCCAGUGACUUCAACUACCACCUGAUUAAGGAUCCAAAUGCUUAGUAGAGACACGAUAAUUUAACAUUAACAAUGUGUUUUUAUUGUAUGUUUAAUUGAAGACAACUGGACAUUAACCACAGGCUUUUCUUUUUAGACAGAACAUUUCACAAUAGCAAACGCAUACAGAGCCUGUUCACAGGCUAUUGCAGAAAUAAAAUACACUUUUUGAUGAAAAAGUCUUAAGAACGUUUCUAGUUCGCAAAUAGUGUCAUUUUGAGGCUAAAAAUUGAUAAACGAAAUAAGCGCCCCCUUCAAAUAAGCGCCCCCCUCUCGCCUUAGAAAAUUAAAUAAGCGCCCCAGGCGAUAAUUCAAGCAUUUAUGGUAAUUGUCUUUCUUGUUUUCAAUGUCCUUGAUGAUUAAUCAAUUAAUUGUGGGGUAAAAUAAAACAGUCAAGGGAAAAGGGAGUGGUUUUUCCCUUCCUUUUUUUUUCUCCCUUAAAUCCCCCUAACCUCGUUCCCAGGGUAGGAGAGAGAACCUGGGAACGAGAUUGAAAUUCCCCCUCUUCUUUACCGCCUGCCUUGCAGCUAAGCAGGCCAACACUCAAGAUCUAAAAUUGAAUGAAAGAAGGUACCGCCUUGUAAACGGCUACAUCUUUACGCGGUCGGAUUCAUGACCUCGUGGAACUACAGUUACGCGAGUUUUCAGGGCAUUGUAAUAUUAUCAUAUUUUGUCCACUUGUGUUCAUGUAGUACUUAAUCCGCCUUUUGUUUUCACUUCUAUUUCAGGAAAUCACGACCUAUGGAUUCGAAAAACAUCUGAUGCCUACGGCCAGGAAAAUUCUAUUUCCAAAUUUCACGCUGUCGUAGCACUUUGUGACGCAAUUGGCGUUUACAUAAGACCAGUGAAGGUUCAAUGCUGCAACAACACGUCCGCCUGGGUUGUGCCAAUAUAUUCCUGGUAUGCUCAACCCGAAGAUGACCCUAACAACUCUUUAUAUAUUGCUAGAGACACCGAAGAUGCGGAGUUUUCCAAAAGAGUUUGGAUGGACAAUCACAUGUGUAAAUGGCCUUCGCUUCAGAGAACUGUCUCUCAACACUUCGCGGAACUUAGCGAAAAAUUUGUGAAUAGGAACUACGAUGCACCAGUGAUAUCUUUCAGCCAUUUUCUUCCUCGUUUGGAGUUAAUCCCAGCCUCGGAUGAGGAAAUCAAGCAUGUAGAAGAAGAGAGAAAGCGUUUAAACCUUCCUGUAUUAGACAACCCCAGAGCUCAGGGAGCGCAGAUUCAAUUUAAUUUUACGCGUUUUGCAGGCUCUAAAAGAAUAGAAGAGCAAAUUCGAAGGUUAGGAUCUAAAGUUCAUGUUCAUGGUCACCAACACCGUAAUAGAGACCGGGUCAUAGACGGGGUGCGUUAUGUAUCCUUUUGCUUGGGCUACCCGCGAGAAAGGUCCAUUGGAGUUAUAUGGGGCCUCUCAGAAGGUAAUGGUCCAAAACAAAUAUGGCCGACAGAGUAG